GAAUUAAGCUCGGCCCAUUUUCUACAACAAUUUUUUCGGUGUGCUUCUCCUUUCGAACGACAGCUCAUUACCGCAAAACCCUUCUUUCCUUGCUAUUGUUCCCGCCGGCGCUCAGUGGCGACUCGCAAUAACGGCGAACGGACAGCAACGGCAGCAGGAGGACAAGACAACUAAAGUUUCCGAAAGGGCAACGACGGAGGCGGAGGACAGACUGACGGCGACUGCGGCCUGAGAAGUGAUUAGUCUCCUGGUGGGACUGAGUAAAAAUGGCACCAACCGCGAAGAGGCCUCGCCGGAAAUUGGUAGCUAGGCCAGUGACAUUCUCCCCAUUUGCACGCUCAGCUGCUCACAUUGCCUCAGCUUACAUGAUUAAGCGUCAAAUGAUCGAGAACAAACUCCAUGAAUUUUGUCAACUUACUCCAAAUGGUGAGUGUAAGUGUAACGACAAGAGAAACAUAGAUGAGACCGAAAGCGAUUCCGAUGGAGAAAGUUCUGAAGGGGUUGUGCAAGCGGAUUUUGCCUUCUUUGAUCCAAAACCAGAUGACUUUCAUGGAGUGAAGACUUUACUUCAAACUUUCCUUGACAAUAAGGAGUGGAAUUUGAGUGGUUUUGUGGAUUUGAUACUUGAACAGACGACAGUUGGGACGGUGGCUAAACUGGAGGAUGAUGAUGAUGAUGGGCUUUUCUCAGUAGUGACGGCCUUAAACUUGGGGAGAUACAAGGACCAUAAAUGUAUGAAGGAACUGGAAGAUUAUGUUCUCAGUGUCUGCCACGAAAGUAACCUUGUGGACCAGUUGAGAGUACUAUUCAGCAAGAAAGCUCGGGAUGUUGGUCUCUUGGUCUCACAACGAGUGGUUAAUCUUCCUGCCCAGCUUUUGCCACCUCUUUAUGAUGCGCUCUUUGAUGAAGUGUCAUGGGCUGUGGAAGACGAGCCGACAGAGCAGCUUCGGAACUCCUUCCGCUUCAAGACCUAUUUGAUUGUUACUAAAAUUUAUAUGCAUAAGAAAGCAAAUGGUAAACUGGGGGAAAAGGCUGAUAGUGAGGAAGAGCCAGUAAUAUAUGUGAAGGCUGAGGAUGAGCUUUUUCACGAGGUGUCUUCAUGGUCGUUCAGUUUCCCUCUCAAAAUCCAGCAUGUCACCACAAGUGAGGCAAGUUUUUCUUUUCAUCUCUUCAAUCAGUUCACUUUCUUUCUGAAGAACUACGUGUCAAUGGGGUUGGUUAUGGCGGUCGAAGCAGACAAAAUCCCUACAUUCAGAAAGCAGUUGCGCUCUCUGAUCGAUGAUGAACCCUGAGGGUACUGCUAAGGCAGUUUAAUCAUAGUUUUCAUUUUGCAACUCAGCUGUAAUUGUUAAGGGAUUCCAGUGUUUUUACUACUUCUUCCAAUCAUGUGAAGGAAUUUGAUUUCUCGAUCGCAAUACCAAAAGUUACUAUCCUAUUCAGGACUAAAAUUUUGGCGUUAUACUUUCACUUGUCUGGUGGAAAGAUGCAUUCUUGACGCAACAACUAGAUUGCAACUCUCUUGCAGACUGUUAAACUCUGCUUUGCAUGGCUAGUUUCCCAAUGUUGCUUUU